UUAUUAAUUUUCAUAUAAAAUGCCUCGGCAGGUAUAUGUGACCAGAUUGUUAAAAAUGUAUACAUUACAUUUUUCCCAUCAACCCCGUCUUCUCAUUAUUCUAUUGAAAUUCUUUUCAAAUACUUUACAAAUGCUUAAACGUACUACACGAUCUUUGUUUUUAAAAUGAAGCAACCUUUUUGGAACUAAACGUUCCUUCCACUUAAACUUUUUGUAACAGUAAAUUAAUUUGAUAACAUUGGUGGUUGAAUUAUAAUGAAAAAAAAAAAUGAUCAACUAGCUAAAAUAGUGUAAAAUGUGUCACAAUACUGUUUUGAAACAUACGUUUUUUGUAGUAUUGUUGUUCGUGCUUUAAAAACUGAUUAAAUACUUAUGUAUGUCUGACAUUUCCAAUCUCCAUUAUCAACUACUAUGCCAUGAAUUUAAUGAACAAUGGAGUUUGUUAUAUAUUACAGAAUAAUGCUCACUGAGAAAUAUAUAUCUACUCUAGAUAUAUUCAGUGCUUUACGUUCUGUAUUGUUUGUUUUCUCACUGUGCAAAAUUAUCUUUUGAAGUUAGUUGGCAAUUUUUCCUAUUCUCAUAUAGCUCUUUGUCAAGAUAGGGCCUCAUUAAUGUAUCUUACGGCUGUGUGCAAAGUGUUUGGUUUAAUUGUUUAUUCUGUUCUAUUUUAACAAUAUAAUUCUUCCUAGCUAGAUGACUCAUGUGAAGCUAAUAAUCACUUUAAGCGUAAGAACCAAAUAUAGACUGAAUGAUUUCGGAAAGAUUAUUGUUACAGUAGCGGUAGAAUAUGCACUAGAUUAUUAGUUAUGUUUAACACAAUAUCAUUCAAUAUGAUGCCUGUUAAACCUACUGCGUAUUUGUUGUGUUUUGCGAGAGAAUAGAAAGCUCCUGAUUUCAAAGUUAAUAUGAUGCAUAUAUAUGUCUUCAAGUUACUGAUUCAUCUGAGUUCCUAUGCAUAUUGCACUUCCAUAUUUACCCGAUGGUUGAAAAAGGUAUUAUCUGUUAACUCUUUUCAUCUUUUUUAAAAUUUUAAAACACUAGCAUAAAAUUUAUAUGGAACUAAAUAUAAACGAUCUGCAACAAUCUGUUGACUGGUUUGUGGGUUUUAAGCCUCUUGAUGCCAGCCAGCAUUAAGUUUAAUUGAUAUAUAUCUUUCGGCCACUAUUGUGAACUAAUGACAUUAAACUUUAAACAUUAAAUUUCACCCUCUUUAUUUUUCAGGUUGUUUUGUUUUCCAGAAGACUUUCAAAAUGUCAACUUCUUUCGGGGAAAAAAGCAGUUAAAUUUAAUUCUCUAUAAAUUUCUUCCCUAUACCUUGAAUACAUUACCUUAGGUUAUGUUUUGUUUAUAGUACGUUUUGGAUUACAGCUACAUGUGUGAUAAUACUUUAUAUGAUAGAACCUUUUUUUUCGUAGUUGUUUGAAUGCACCACAAUGGCUGCUGUAUUCAUUGUAAAUUCCUAGACAUUGUAACAUUAACUCAGAAAAUGUAAAUAUAUGUCGUGAAUACUCAGAUCAUUUAAAUUGAUGAGAUACAAAAAAAAACAGAAAAUUGUGUAGUAUUUGUUAUUUGAACCAUAGUUUCCGUUUUAGUAGAUAUCUAUUAAAGGUUAAAAAGCAUAAAUAUUACAUAUAAAAAGGAAAAUUAGAAUGUUUGUUUUACCUACUCUAAUGCUAAGGCGCAUUUAUCUUUACAAGCAUAAACGACAGGAAGACCACUUAGUCGUUGUUACUACUCAAAGAAGUUUAACAUUAAUUUGUAGAUUUAUCUUUUAGCUAACGUUCUUUUUACAAUAAGGUCGUGACAAUAGAUUUGUUUAACUGUCGAACAUUCGAAUCCGUCUAACUAUGACAUAAAAUGAUUUGCCUUUUUUCAUAUUGUCUAACACUCCUGACAUUAAAUAGAUUUAAACUGGUUGUUCUCUAAAAUAUCUUGACUGCGAAAGUUUCAUUGUAAGAAAUUGAUGAUAUACAUAUCCUUCUAUAAAAAUACUCACUUUACUUGUGUAGUAUAUAUUAACUUUUUUAAAUUAUUUAAAUCGUAUUGUAUAACAAUAGAGUUGGAAAGAUGGUUGAACAAAAUGAUAAUUAUCUGAAACAAUUGGGUAUUAAUAUGAAUAACUUAGAAAAAGAAAUGGAUUCAGCUAUUGCGAAAGAGUCUAGAUAUUGGCUUGAAAAUGAUGCAAAAAUUAGAGCUGUUCAACAAGGAGUUCCAACAUAUGAUGAUUUUAGAGAGCUUGUCGCUGGAUGCCAUUUGAAGCCUUUGGAUCGAUUAGAACUAACCAAUACUGUUGGUCAAAAGUCCAGCUGGAACUAUUCAGCAAUAUUAUCAAGUAAUAAUAGCUUGUUUAUGGAACCUGGAAUGAAUCCAGCUAUCCCUACGAAGUCCAUUACCACUCCACAGGAAUUCGUUGUACAGUGGCGUCAUAUCAAAUCAUCAUCCACGUCAGAUAGCAUUAACACAAACGGUGCAUUAUUAGAAUUAUUGUUCAAUCAAGAUAAUGAACUAUUGGAAAAUCUUUUUAACACUGGACUGGGUGUGUCAUAUUUUCCUGAAAUACUUUCAGUAUUAAAUCAUGCUGUUGAUAACAUGGACACUAUAUUACCAUCAUCUGAUUAUAAUAUCAGCAUCGUAAUAUCCAAGGUUUCUAUGACUCUUGCAAGUUUUCAACGGUCUAAACAAUUUUCUUUAGCAGUAGAUUGUUUACUAGAUAGUGAAAAGGAAACUGCACAUCAUUUAGUUGAAAAAAUCAAAGACAUCUCAAAAAAAUUUGAUCUUUCUGAAGAUGCUGGUGAAACUUUGAGGAAAAUUGCGGAUACUUUUAAGCGGAGCAAUACUUGUUAUGCUAUAGAUGACGUUAGGUCCUGUGUCUGAAGAAAUCUGAAGGCUUCAUUAGAUAUCUUGUUUUAGGUUUAUUGUAAUUGUAACUUGCAUUCUGUUUGUUCGGCACCUGUAUGUUAUUGUUUGUUCUUUGUAUUCUCUUGAAACAUAAUCUCUACAUGCAUUCAAAUUCUUGAGUAAAAAUACGAUUUUCCUCUAUGAAAAU